AUGAUAAUUAAAUAUGGUUUUACUGCAACAGGUAGAAGAAUAAAUAAAAUACUUAAAGAUGUUGAUAAAGAUUAUUCAAAAGUGUUUAAAUAUCAACUCUAGAAAAUGAAGAUAAAGGAUAUGUCUAAAAAGUAUAUCAAUAUAUAAGAUUCAUAAUAAAAAAUAGAACAUUUAACUAAACCACAUAAUCUCAAUAAAUAUAUUAAAUAGUAAUUUAAAAAGUCAAUUGAUAAAGUAAUAGAAAAGGAAGUAAGUAGAAUAUAAAGAUAAGAAGUAGAAGAUAAAAAAUUGAAAUGGGUAGAAAAUGCAUAUAUGACAGAAGAAGUGAAAAAAUUUGAAAAAUUAUUAUUUCAAAAAAAUGAACGUCUAAGACUUAUCAGAUAAGAAGAGAAUAGAGUACAUAAUCAUUUACCUCAUUAAUAUUUGUAAGAAUAAGGUGAAAUUGAAUAUUUGUAAUUGAAUUCGCAACAUUAAUAAUAUAAAACAACAUUAAAUUAAUUGCAUAAUUAAAGAAUUACAGAAAUGAGAGAAAAUAUAAACAAUCCAUAUGGAUUAUUAAUAAAAAGUUAAUUAUUAGUAUAAUAUCCAAAUUUAAAAUAAAUAAUUGAAUCUCAUUUACCAAAACUUGAGAAUACUCAUAUUGAUGAAUUUGUAGAAGAAUUAAAAUCAAAAGUUGAUUCAAGUACUAGUCUAAUUGAUUGGGAUUCUGUUAAAUAAUUCUAUAUAGGAAUGUAAUAAUAAAGAGAUAAUUCUUUAAUUGUAUUCUCUUAACAUUAAUCAAGUGUAAAUGUUAUACAUGAUUACUAAAAUUAUUUGAUGGAUAAAUUUUAUAAUAAUUCACUUUAAAUGAGAACAAAAGGAUAAAUUUAAUUUGCUGAUCUUACAGAAGAAGAAUGUGUUAGAUAUAUUAAAUAUGAUAUAAGUACUCCUGAAAUUUUAAUGAGAUUGGUUUCAACUAUGGAUUAAAUUCCUGAUCAAUUUACUCCUAAAAUUGCAUCAUCAAUCUUACAAAAACUAGUAGUUGUUAAAAAAGAUAAUUUAGCACUUUUAGCUGAUGAUAGAUACAGAGCCUUAUUGAAUUAUAUUGCUAGAAGUGAAUACGAUGAUCAAACUUUAUCAUAAACUAUUUUAGCAUUAAGUCUCUUAUAACCUAAAUCAAUACAAACUGUCUAUGAUAAAUUAUCAUAUCAUUUAUAUGAUAAUUUAGCAAUUCAACUUAUUCCAAGAAUUAAAUAAUUAUCUAAUUCUUAAUUUUCAAUGAUUGUAAGGAAUUUUCAUUCAUUGCCAUUAUCAAAAAAUCUAUAACUCUAAAACCUUUUAGUUUAAGAUAUCAUAAAAAAUAGAAUUAAUAAUAAUUUAAGUGUUUAUGAAGCUGAAUCAUUUAUAUCAUUCUUAUCAAGACCUUUAAUGAAUGAUUAAAAUUUAAGUAUUGUUGUGUAUAAUUUAACUCAAACUCUAUUAUGUUAACCCAAUUCAAUCUUAGAUAUUGAUCAAGAUACUCUAGUAAUAUUGUCUUCUACUCUUUUAAAAUUAGAUGAUAAUAAAUAAAUUUCAUCAUUAUUAAAAAGUAAUUCAAAAAAUCUUUAAUCAGCAAUAGAAUCUUGUGAAUGUAAACAUUUAGCUUAAUUUUCUUUGCUUUUAUCCAAAUUAGAUAUACAUAGAAGUCAUGAUUUAGUUUAAUAAACUAAAAAGAGAUUUGUUGAAAUUAUUACUUAUAGGAAAAAGGAAUAAGAUGAAUUUGAUAUAGCUAUGACUAUAUCAUCUUUAAGUCAAAUAGAUAUCAAAAUGAUGUAUCCUAUUAGAAGAGUAAAUGAAGUGAUAUUGUUACAAACUGUAUUUAAUAGGUAUCCUUAUAGUUACAAAUCAGCUAAUCAUGUUCCAUAUGAAAAAUUAAUCAAUCUAUUAUAAUCAUAUGAUAAAAUGUUUACAGAGAAAAGUUUGAUUAUAAUAUUUCACAGUUUAAUAACUAUUGGUCAUAUACAUAAAGAUGCAUUCUUAUAAUCACUUUAAUAAGUCUAAGAUACAUAAUACUUAUUCCCAUUAUUAAUACAAUUAAAUACAUUAGAUCACAAUUUAGAUUAAGUUAUUUCAAAAUUUAAUUAAUAAUCCAAUCCAUCUAUUUAAGGAGUUCUUUUCUAUUUAUAAGCUAUGUUCUAUUUUAAUAAAUUAUAAGUUUCUGAUUUAGAAAAAGUUGAUCCAACAAAAAUUUAAGAAUUAGAUCAAACUAGUAGAUGUUUUUUGAUGAUGCUUAUUACUUCACUUCCAAAAUGUGAGAUUGGAUAAUAGAUAUAUAAUGAAUUAAUUCUUGCUUUAGAUCCAUAAUAUAUAGAAUAAAAAUAUUUAUUAUUAUUAUCUAGAAUAUAAUGUGAUCAUCAAUAAGGGGAAUUAUAAUUAUUACUUACAUAAAUGAGAUAAUAAGCUACUUAAAGAAAUAGUGAAAUUGGAAUUGAAAAGUAUUUACCUUAAUAAGUUAUAUAAUAAGUAGCUGACUUAUUUGUUAAACAAGGUCAUUAAGUAUAAAAGAAUGUUUUAUUUCCCUUAUUCUAAUCUGAUUUAUUGAUUGAUAAUAAGAUUGCCUUCUAAUUCAUUUCUGUUAAUGAAAUGAUAGAUUGUGGAGGUUAAUUCUAAUUUACUGGAAUAUAAAAACUAUUAAGAAGAAGAACUAAUGUUAAUUAUAUUAUUUAUGAAGAAUUUAUUAGAAGUCAAGAUCAAUUUUAGUAUCUAAAAUAAUUUUUAUGA